AAAGAUUGUUGUAAAAAAAAAAAUCGACCAAUAAAUAUCACACAUUUUAAAUAAGCAAAGUUUUUGGAAAUUGUUCAGAUGUACAAAUUUAAAGCAAUAAAGCUGUAAAUUACAAUUGUACGAGUUAUGUCUGUUACGAUUGCUUGUGAAUUUUUAUAUACAUAAAAUAUAUUUUAAACUGAUGAUCUUUGUACUAAACAUACAUGUGUGCUGGAAUUGAAUGAUAAGAAGAUAACAUAAGUGUUAUACGUCGAGUAUUCUUAUCUAUUUAAUAUGAAUGAAGACUUAGUUACCUACGCACUAACAUAUAACAACAAGAAUAAGCUGUACUAGGCGAAAUAAAAGAAAAUAUAGUUUAGACACGGCCCCUACUAACCUAGAAGUGCGGUCAGAAAAUAUAAUUUCAUAAUCAUGGCUCACUCUUCCGGAUCAGGGAACCUCAAAAAUGGCCUUAUCGAUUUCACAGCUGGAUCUUUGGGAGGGGUUGCUGUAGUAUAUGUAGGGCAGCCUCUGGACACAGUGAAAGUCAAGAUGCAGACAUUCCCACAGCUGUACAAGGGCAUGUACAACUGUCUGAAAAUAACCCUGAAGAAUGAUGGCAUCGUCCGAGGCCUCUAUGCCGGAACCACACCAGCUAUAAUGGCAAAUGUAGCCGAAAACUCUGUUCUCUUUGCUGCUUAUGGCUAUUGUCAGAAAUUUGUGUGCCGCCUUACUGGAACUGAGAGUGUAGAACAGCUGUCAGCGUUUGGAAAUGCGUCAGCAGGGUUUCUGGCAGCAUUUUUCUCAUCAUUCACACUGUGCCCGACGGAGCUCAUCAAGUGCCAGCUGCAAGCCAUGCGGGAAGUCAGUUUGCAGGGCGCCCAAACAGCAGUUAAGAUCACGCCAAUACAACUUACGCAGCAAAUAUUUCGUCAAUACGGCAUCCAAGGACUCUUCCGGGGUUUGGUGCCAACCAUUAUGAGGGAGAUGCCUGGGUACUUCUUUUUCUUUGGAGGAUAUGAAGGUACGAGAGAACUGUUAACGAAGCCUGGACAAUCAAAGGACGACAUCGGUCCACUGCGCACGAUGAUCGCAGGCGCGGUUGGCGGGCUAGUGCUGUGGACAGUCAUCUUCCCGUCUGACGUCAUCAAGUCCCGCGUGCAGAUCUCCAAUAAGAGCCAGCGGUUCCUGGCUGUCGGGCUCGAGAUCGUCAAGCAGGAAGGAGUCCUUGCACUGUACAACGGUCUGAAGCCGACGCUGGUGCGCACCAUCCCCGCCACCGCCGUCCUCUUCGUCGUCUACGAGUACUCCAAGAAGCUGAUGCAUCAGUCCUUUGGCGACUAAACAGGACCACGACUAGGGGUGUGCGGAGGGGGUGGGGGCUUUGAUACUUCAGUUGUUAAUGUUGUUAUUGUUACCUGGGGACCAGUCAAGUAUUACGUAAGCAGAUUUAUUGCAAAAGAAAGCAAAACUCUUACCCUGAGAUUGCUUACGUAAUACUUGAAAGGCUCCUUAUGACCAAAAACUGUUGGAGCGCAUGACGAGUGAAAUUUAACGAUUAAGACAAAUAUUUUAAUAUAAAUACUAUUGUUUAAAA